AUGAAACUCGCAGUUGCUGUAUUGUCAUCGAUCCGGCUUGCAUGCUCAGUUACUAUGGCCAAUCCAAUUAAACCCAGUGAAAGUACAGAUGUUGAAACUAGCACUUCAACCGUCAUUCCCAGUGCAACUACAAGUACUGAAGCUAGCACCUCGCCAACUCCUAACCCAAACGGUAUAGGUUUAGGUGGUCUUGAUGCACUUCCAGAUAGCAUCAAGGAAUUGCUCGAAAAAUACGUAAGGCUAGGUUAUGGUCGUGAUGAACAAAAAAAAGUAUGCGACCCGUUAAAAUCUGAGCAUGACAGCCAGAUUAUGCUGGUAGCGGGCUUGGAAACGAAGAUUCAAGUUUUGAAAGAAAAAUCUCAAAGAAGCGGCGGCAGUCCAAAAUAUGAUGGUAAAAUUCAGAAGACUAAGGUUGAUCUCGAAGCCCAAGAAUCCAAACUUAAGGAUAUUAGAAGCCGCUACAAGGAGUGCCAGCUCAAGAAAAGUUGUUUUGAAAAUACAAUAUAUUUCACCAAACUGAGCCUCGUGAAUCUCAUUUUCGGAAGAAAUUGGAAUUGUGAAUCACUUUAUCAGCAAUUUGAUCUUAUCAAGAAGCACUCUUCCGUUAAAGGUUACCUUGACGAAUUAUCAUUAGAAUACAGUAAGAUUCUUGGUCAAAGCCCUAGUGAUCAACAAUGUCAAGAGUCGCAACCAUCACCGGAUACACCAUCUGGAUCUGGAUCCUCUGGACAGAAAGUUCCCUCCAAUAAACGGAAAAGGGUUUCCAAGCUUGUGGAUGGAUUAGGAUCAUGCUUUCAUCAACCCAAAGAUGACAAUCCAUCCAAUUAA